GAGGAGAACUCGGCAUAUCUCCCCUUGGUACCUAUUAUUAUUAUCCUCGCUUCGCCAGCGCCGGGACUUUCCCACCUGAACUCCGCCUCUUUUCCGUGGGUUGCGGCGCCCAUAAAUAGCCGGGCCGGGUCGUCAUCGGCAACCAAGCGGUGAAAGGACGUCGCUCGCAUAGAGGUUGAAGCGCCUCUGUUCCUCAGCCUGCCGGAGCGCCAAUUGUUGCUGCGCCACAGAAACCCAGCGCCGCCGCCGCGAUGGCUCAACUGACGAUCAAGGCCUACCUGCUGGGCAAGGAGGAGACCACCCGCGAGAUCCGGCGCUUCGCCGUCGACCUUCCAGCCCGUUACCAGCAGAUACGGGACAAGGUCGCCGAGCUUUUCCAGGGGCUGCUCCGCAAUUCCGCCGCCGCCACGGGAGCCUUUCAGAUGUACUAUAAGGAUGAAGAUGGUGACAUGAUCGCUUUUUCCAGUGAUGAGGAAUUGAAGUUGGUUCCACCCUCUGUGAAAGCUGGAGUUUUUUGGAUUUAUGUUAAAGAAAAAAAGGAGCUUAAGCAUGUGAACCGUCAUUCCUGCAACAAGGAGCAUUCUCCAAACCUUGUGCAUCCUAAUGUGAUCUGCGAUGGUUGUGAGGGCCCAGUUGUGGGUGCCAGAUUCAAAUGUGCAGUUUGUCCAGACUAUGACCUGUGCAGCACUUGUGAGGGAAAAGGUGUCCAUAAGGAGCAUAACAUGAUCAUGUUUCCAAGUCCAUUCCACCAGCUUGAGUGGCUUCUUCAAGGUCGCUGGCUUCGUAAAAUGAGACACGAUGGUUGUUCCUUUCCCUGGUUGCGUGGUAGGGGACACCCACGUUCUGCCCAUCACCACCAGAAUUCUGGCCAGGCACAAGCUAGUACUUCUUCUCAAAGUGAUGCUCCAGAGCGCGAAACCACUAGCAAUGAAGCUCAAGAUGCCAGUGUCAAUUUCCUGAAGAAUGUUGGAGAAAGUGUUGCUGCAUUCCUGGGUCCGCUUGGCAUUGAAGUGGAUAUUGAUGUUGAACAUGAGGGUCAAAGAAGCAAAGUAUCACCUGCACAACCUACUUCUGAGAAGAACUGCCCCAAACCUAGCAGUCCUACUGAGCAGACCAAACCAGAAGCAAAUUCUGAAAAUAAUCUAGACAUAAGUGAUGCUCUUGCAAACCAAAUGCAGGAGAUGAUAGUCUGUUCUCCACCUGCACAGAUGGAAGAAGAGAUUAUUUUGUCACAGGAACGAAGUGAAUCCAGUGGUUGUUCAGGAGCAGAUGAAGACUGGACCCAUUUAUCUUCAAAGGAAGUAGAUCCUUCAACUGGUGAAUUGCAGUCCUUACAAAUGCUAGAGGAAGACAGCCCAAAAUCUCUAAAUCCCGUUGAAGCUCCCACUAAUGCUGGACCAACAGGCUUGCGAGAAGCUGCAAUGUACCCUCAUCUUCCACCUGAAGCAGAUCCUCGUCUGAUUGAAUCCUUGUCCCAGAUGCUCUCGAUGGGAUUUUCUGAUACGGGAGGCUGGUUGACUCACCUGCUGCAUUCCAAGAACUACGACAUUGGGGCAGCCCUGGACGCUAUCCAGUAUGCCAAGCAACCGUCCGCUUCCAAAUAGCUCUUGUAUAACUCGUAGUUCUUAACACACAUUGUUAAAACCUCUUUUUAUACCUUUUUCCUUUCUGUAACGGUCUGAUUGUAAUUCCAUAUUCAUAGAUAACAUCAUAAUCAUG